AUGUUUGUUAAAGUGACCGCAGCAAUAAGUCAAAGGAAAAGGGAGACACCGGUUGCGGGUACUCCACCCGCCUAUCAACGAGUAUACGAACUCUCCUGGAACGAUGAACCAACGAGGAGACCAACAAUAACGUAUAUACACGAAGAAUUUCUGAGAAUGUUAAGGGAACAAGGAAUUAGCCAUCAUGCUGAAAAUUCCAAUAGCUAUAGCACAUGCACUUCUAUUAGCCAUCAUACAGAAAAUUCCAAUAGCAAUAGCUCGUGUACUUCUGUUAGCCAUCAUGCUGAAAAUUCCAAUAGCUAUAGCUCGUGCACUUCUAUUUCCAGUAAUUCUUCCACCUACAAUCCGCAAAGACAAAGUUUGUUUAUCGAACCCAAUCAACAAUAUUUAAAACCUCCCAGCAUUACUUCGGAAUCCAAUUAUAAGGCGGAAACUCAAUCACGAGGUUUUAACCGGGAUCGGAAUUUUCCCACGAUGAUACAACAAAAUGUUCACAUGCCUGCGCCCCUGCAAACUUCAGUGACUGUUCCUCAGGAGAGGUCAACCGUUUACACCACUCGACCUAUGGAAAGAGUAGAACCCUUCGUGCGUCCUGUAGACCCACCUCCCACGAUUCCCGCAUCUGUUGGCCCUUCACCUACUUUUGCGACCGCGACGCCCCUUUAUCCACCGAUAAAUUAUAUGCACAAUCCGCCGUUCGGAAGGUAUCCAGAAAACCCGUCACCUCUACGGAUCAAUCCACCGCCAAUGAAUCAACCUCUACCAUUCGGUGGAUAUCCUGGUUACCCUCAGGGAAAUUCGGUACCUUUCUGCUUCAGUCCAUCAUCAUCAAAUGGUUACCCCCCACAAGUAAGUCAUCCCCUACAACCAAAUGUUUAUUCUCCGCAAAUGAAUCAACCGCCACCGCAAAAUGGCUAUCGCCCACAAACGAAUCAACUGCCACCGCAAAAUGGUCAUCCUCCUCAGACGAAUCAACAAACACCAUCGAACGGCUAUCAAACACUAUCGAACGGCUAUCAAACACCACCGAACGGCUAUUUUCCACAAAUGAAUCAACAACAAUCACCAUCGAGCGGUUAUCCUCCGCUGAUGAAUCAGCAAUCACCAUCGAACGGUCGUCCUCCGCAAAGUAAUUACUCCCCGGAGAAUUCAUCGUAUAUCUCGCCAAAAAACUCGACACAUUUUCCGCCACCGGUCUCAUCACCGAUUGACCUAUAUCACGGAGAACUGACUCGUUAUAAUUCAAGGUUGCGCGGAAAGAGGCACGAUGCAAAAAAAUACGCACAGAAUAUUCCAGACUAUAUAAGAAAGAGAAGGGUUACGUUGAACCUACAGACUGCCACGCUGGAUACCACGUCGGUAUUGGAGAUACGGAGGGCUUGGUCGACCAUCUCGACAAGAUUUUGUAACAUCGAGUUGAUGCAUGAUAUGUUCCUUAGACUUAAGCAAUAUAAUGCGGACUUUUCGGUGGUAUCCAAGGAUUUAAAUAAGACAGCAUUUCAUCACCUGUUCGAGAACAAAUCUACCCUUAAAAAGUUCAGUGAAUCAUUGAAAGAGGAAUACAAAAAAGUUGUCAGAUUUCUUGUCGAAAACGGUUGCAAUGUUGAUGCUUUAGACAGUGAAGGGAAAACAAUCCUAGCAUACUACCUUGAGGAAGAUAACCCCAGCUUGCAAAGAAAAUAUGAAGCGAUGAUUUCCAUAUUGUUGAGAAACGGUGCUAAUCCGAAUAUUAGAAUUCGCAUAAAGUCAACUCCAGAGUUCACAGCACCCAACUCUCUAUACAUGGCCGUUAAAUAUAAUUGGUCGAAAAGUUUAUUUGAUUUAUUGUGCAAUUAUGAUGUGAAUUCCGAGGAAAAAGAUGAUGAUGGAAAUAGUAUCUUGUUGUUGACGCUUAAAGGGAAUCAGGAAGGAAGGUAUGAUAAAAUUAGAUGGGUACUGGAAAAUGUUUAUGCGGCGAACGACUUAAAAGGUCUGGAGACGGCUUUGAGCCUAGUGAAGCAUAGUUCCAGAGAGUACGAUCUUCUAAAAUUGUAUACCAAGAAAGAGGGUGCAAUCCAGAGGAAACAAAUCAUCGAUGCGAACAAGAGAAUAAAGAAGAGACAAGGUGAUCUCUGA